AUGAAUUUACAACAAGAUAAGAACAUUAAUCAUUUAAUAUUAGACUAUUUAAUACAACAAGGUCAUAAGGAUGCUAUUAUACAAUUUACUAAUGAUAUUAAUAUGAAAUUGGUGCUGGUUAAUCAGGAAGAAGAUUUGUUAAGUAUUGAUCCAACAGACCCCAACUUUCAAUCUAAAUGUGUUGAAUAUUAUUCAAAUACUGCUAAUGAAUUAGUCGAAUCUCCAUUAUUUACAAACAAAAUGAAAUUAGAUUAUAAAACUAUUAAACCGAGAAAAAUACUAAGAGAUUGGAUAUUAUCUGGUAAAAUUAAAGAAGCAAUACAAGCUAUAAGUUAUUGCUUUCCCACCAUAUUAGACUCAAAUAACUUAUUACAUUUUAAAUUAUUAAGGUUGAAUAUUGUUGAAAUGAUAAGAAAUCAUAGAUUGAAUGAACCAAAUCAAGAUGAAAGAGAGUUUCUCGAUGAAAUUUUAACAUUUGUUAGAAAUAACUUGAUUAAUAAAGUUUCAAAUCUGUAUAAACUACGAAAAGAGUUAGAAAUAACCAUGAGUUUAUUAUGUUUUAAAUUUGAUCCUAAAAUUAAAGAUUUACAAGAUCAAAAGGAUUUACCUGAUGAGUUGAAAAAUUUAUUCAAUUUAAGUUUGAGAAGCCAGUGUUUUAAAUUGGUAAAUAAAGCUAUAUUAAACCUUUAUAAUGAGAAGGAAGAUGAUGAAGAGGAGGAAUCUAGUGAGUCUGAAGAGACAGACACUGUAAAGAAGGAGAAAGUUUAUAAGGGUCCACAAUUUAUACAAUUAGACCUUGAUAAAAUACUGUUAGACCCUGAUUCAGUAUCAGAUGAUGAAGAGAUAGGAUAUAAUAUAGAUUCAGGUAUAUCACAAGUUGAACCAGAUGAGAAAUUAAAAGAUAUAUCAGAUAAAGAUGAUGAUGAAAUAACCAAAUUGACAAAUUUAUCACUUGAAUCAAACUUGGAGAAAAUUAUCAAGUUAUACAUAUUAACAGAAGAAAGGUUAUAUGAUUUAAACCUAAUUUCAGAAACAAGAUAUCAGUCUAUAUUAAACAAGUAG